CACUCCACCACAAUGAAGCUGGCGAUUCUGUCGACUCUGGCUGCGUUUGCCUCUGCAGGCUCUCCCUAUGGAUUGGGCUCUCUCGCGCACUGGACUCCCCCUGGUCCAACCGACUAUCGAAGCCCCUGCCCCAUGCUCAACACACUUUCCAACCACGAAUUCCUCCCCCACGAUGGCAAAAACAUCACCAAAGAACAACUCGUCCAGGCGCUCUCUUCGGCACUGAACUUUGAUACCGAGCUGGCCAAUUCCAUGUGGCAGAUGGCGCUUAUUGCUAACCCCGAUCCGAAUGCCACUCAUUUUUCUCUUGACCAACUCAACACGCACAACCUCUUGGAACACGAUGCCAGCUUGAGUCGCGCCGACGCCUACCACGGCAACAACUGGCGCUUCGACCAGACCGUCUUCGACGAGACGAAGAAAUACUGGACUGCCCCCGUCCUGACAGCCGACAUGCUCGCCAACAGCAAAAUGGCCCGCCAGCUCUCCUCCCGAGCAACCAACCCCAACUACACCUUCACCUCGUCGACGGAUUCAUUCAGUGUGGGCGAGGUCUCGGCACCGCUUAUUAUCUUUGGAGAUGGGCAAUCCGGCACUGCCAACCGCUGCAUGACUGAGUACUUUUUCGAACACGAACGCUUCCCCACAAGUCUAGGAUGGAAGCCAAGCUGCAAGCCUAUCACUCCAAAGGAUGCCACGAAAAUGGGAGAAGUGAUUACCAACGCCACCACUCUGCUUACUGGAUCUAAGCCGGCCAGCUCGAAUAAGCGUCGGCAUUUGCAUUUCGGACAUGCCCACUAAUGAUGUCUUAUUUUUAUGACGGUCGUGUCUUUACGUUUGGGGAUUCAUUUCAUGUUCAUAUUGUUUGCUGCUAUUGCUUUUGUAAUAAAAUGUUUAAAUUCUGUAGAUAUUAUUAACUCAACGCCGAUCCAACUUGCCCUUUCGUCCACCAUCAUCGAGGAGACCAAACAUGC